AUGACACAACCAAUUCGCCUCACAGUCCUAAUAUCCGGCAAUGGUACCAACCUCCAGGCAGUAAUCGACAAAAUCUCCUCCGGCGAACUCCCCGCAACAAUAGUACGAGUCAUCUCCAACCGCAAAGAUGCCUUUGGACUCCAAAGAGCUACACGCGCAAAUAUCCCUACGGCCUACCACAAUCUGGUGAAAUACAAGAAACAGCACCCCGCGACGCCAGAGGGCGUCCAGGCCGCCCGCGAGGAGUACGAUGGGGAACUCUCUAGGCUGGUCCUGGAGGAUUCGCCGGAUUUAGUUGUCUGCCUAGGAUUUAUGCAUGUGCUUUCUCCUAGAUUUCUAGAGCCAUUAGAGAGUGGGAAAGUGAGGAUCAUCAACUUACAUCCGGCAUUGCCGGGGGCUUUCAAUGGAGUCAACGCCAUAGAACGAGCACAUGCCGCGUGGCAAGAAGGCAAAAUCGAUAAGACGGGCGUCAUGAUCCAUAACGUAAUUUCGGAAGUCGACAUGGGUAGUCCUAUUCUUGUUCGGGAGAUUCCAUUUGUCAAAGGUGUUGAUGAGAAUCUUGAAGCUUUUGAAAACAAGGUCCAUGAGGUUGAGUGGGGGGCUGUCCUUGAAGGGCUGCAAAUUGCCAUAAAGGAAGUUCAAGAGGAGAAACAGCGAGGCGGGAGUUCAUGA